AUGACCACACCCUCCAACAACACCAGUAUGACCACACCCUCCAACAACACACCUAUGACCACACCCUCCAACAACACAAGUAUGACCACACCCUCCAACAACACCAGUAUGACCACACCCUUCAACAACACUAGUAUGACCACACAGUCCACCAACGCAAGUAUGACCACACCCUCCAACAACACUGGUAUGACCACACCCUCCAACAACACCAGUAUGACCACACCCUCCAACAACACAAGUAUGACCACACCCUCCAACAACACCAGUAUGACCACACCCUCCAACAACACCAGUAUGACCACACCGUUCACCAACGCAAGUAUGACCACACCCUCCAACAACACCAGUAUGACCACACCGUUCACCAACGCAAGUAUGACCACACCCUCCAACAACACCAGUAUGACCACACAGUCCACCAACCCAAAUAUGACCACACCCUCCAACAACACCAGUAUGACCACACAGUCCACCAACACAAGUAUGACCACACCCUCCAACAACACCAGUAUGACCACACAGUCCACCAACACAAGUAUGACCACACCCUCCAACAACACCAGUAUGACCACACAGUCCACCAACGCAAGUAUGACCCCACCCUCCAACAACACCAGUAUGACCACACACUCCACCAACACCAGUAUGACCACACAGUCCACCAACGCAAAUAUGACCACACCCUCCGACAACACCAGUAUGACCACACACUCCACCAACACCAGUUUGACCACACCCUCCAACAACACCAGUAUGACCACACAGUCCACCAACACAAAUAUGACCACACCCUCCAACAACACCAGUAUGACCACACAGUCCACCAACACAAAUAUGACCACACCCUCCAACAACACCAGUAUGACCACACCCUCCAACAACACCAGUAUGACCACACACUCCACCAACACCAGUAUGACCACACCCUCCAACAACACCAGUAUGACCUCGCAGUCCACCAACACAAAUAUGACCACACCCUCCAACAACACCAGUAUGACCACACCCUCCAACAACACCAGUAUGACCACACCGUCCACCAACACCAGUAUGACCACACCCUCCAACAACACCAGUAUGACCACACCGUCCACCAACGCAAGUAUGACCACACCCUCCAACAACACCAGUAUGACCACACACUCCACCAACACCAGUAUGACCACACAGUCCACCAACGCAAAUAUGACCACACCCUCCAACAACACCAGUAUGACCACACAGUCCACCAACACACGUAUGACCACACCCUCCAACAACACCAGUAUGACCACACAGUCCACCAACGCAAGUAUGACCACACCCUCCAACAACACCAGUAUGACUACACACUCCACCAACGCAAGUAUGACCACACCCUCCAACAACACAAGUAUGACCACACAUUCCAACAACACCAGUAUGACCACACAGUCCACCAACACAAGUAUGACCACACCCUCCAACAACACCAGUAUGACCACACCCUCCAACAACACACGUAUGACCACACCCUCCAACAACACAAGUAUGACCACACCCUCCAACAACACCAGUAUGACCACACAUUCCAACAACACCAGUAUGACCACACAGUCCACCAACACAAGUAUGACCACACCCUCCAACAACACCAGUAUGACCACACCCUCCAACAACACCAGUAUGACCACACCCUCCAACAACACCCAUAUGACCACACAGUCCACCAGCACAAUGACAACAACACAAACCACCAACCACCCAAUGGCAACCACACAAUCUGCCAGCAACACAACUCCAGUUGCAUCAACCCCACACUCCAGCAAGAACACAGCUCCAACUCAAGUGAGCACACAAACCAGCCACAGCACAACUAAAAGUGCAGUAACCCCAGAACACUCUACAACUGUACUAACAACAACUAACACUUCCCCUGAGACUCACACGAGCACUGCCGCAUCCUCAGCUACCACCACAAACACAACAGGUACAACAUCGGGACACCCAUCCUCUUCACCUACUACCACCACCACCUCCAGCUCUCUCCCUACAACCACAUCCCCUGGCACUAGCACCGUACCCCUCUCUGGACAUACCACCACCCCUAGUCCCUCAGCAACAACCUCAGGAGCAACUGGCACUACGGUAUUAACCACCAUGCCCACAAAACCCACUGAGCCUGUUACCACUUCAAACUCUACCGUCACCACCGUCAGCCCUUCUUUGACUACUACUGCUACUACCAAUACUGUCACCACCCUGCAAACAACAGAAAGCACAACCACAGCAGCUCCGCUCAACACUACUGUUGUUCCACCAAUAGUUUGUCCUUUCAACCCAUGCCCAUCUGAAAGCCUCUGUUUCCAAGGAACUUGUCAGUGUAUCUCUGGAACUUAUAUGCAGGAUGGCGUCUGUCAACAAGUCCAAGUGUUCCCAGGACAACUUCAUCUCACCUCCAGAAAUUUUUCAGAAGGAAUGGAAGACAGGACAUCGGAGAUUUUUAAGACUACAGCGGCUGAAAUUACUUCAGCGCUCAAAGUCGCUCUCCAAAAUACCCCUGGGUAUUUAAGAUCUGAUGUUGUGCAACUUCAACCAGGAAGUGUAAUAGCAUCUGUGAACAAUAACUUUCAAAACACCAAUGCCACUCAGGCCACUGUCGAUGAAAUAAUCCAAAAUGCAAUCAUAAACUCAACUGGAAUUCUGCAAGAUGGAACAUUUACAGGUACAAAUGUGUGUGAGAACACGCCGCGACCGUGUGAUCUCGCUAGCACAACAUGCUCAGUCCAAAAUGGCAUUGCUGUUUGUUCGUGCAAAGAGGGCUUCAUCCCAUUUGAUUCAGUGUACUCCAAUAAAAACAAAACCUGCAGAGCUUGUCCAAGCGGAGAGAGGGCAGUAGGAAACAAGUGUGAAACAUGUGCAUUUGGAUACAGUGGCUUCAACUGCAAUGACUCGGCUCUGCUGGCAGUGGUCGUCAUCUCCUGUGUACUGGGAGGAGUUCUGCUCUUACUGGUCCUGGCUUUGCUCAUAUACUGCUGCUGGAAAUGCUGCUCCAAGGACAAACCUGACUAUGAGAGCAGCCCAUACUCAUCAGGGGACUUGAAUCAGCCCUGGCCCACUGGUAUCACCCCCAUCCCACGGGCCUCCACCAACUUUGACUCAGGAGCCGCCAUAGAGAUGACAGAAGGGGGAAGCACAAAUAACCUGGUGGAUAAAAAGCAUCAAACCAACGGGCUGCUAAAGGAGAGUGGAUGGAGAAAGACAGGAUCCUAUGAUCUCAACCCAGACGACAUGAAGACCUUCAAAGGAAAAAAUACCUCCCGUUACUCCUAUCUGGUUCAAGGCCAUGAGAACCCAUACUUCCUACCUGGAGAUGACAAGAAAAGCUAAACAUCUGCAGGAGGUCAGGAUGAAACCCAUGUGGAUGUGAAAGGAUCAAAUGGAUCAAAAAGCAGUCACUGAUAUUCAAACUCUGGGACAACAGGUGCAUCUCCUGAGCAGGACCUGGUUAUUUAUUAAGAUAUUUUACCUACUUGGACUCAUGACAAAUCACAAAAGACUUUUCUCAACUGGGAAACAGCCACCAAAGAGAUUACUUCACAUGAGCAAGAACACUUUAGGAAUUUUUUUUUUGUUUGUUUGGUUUUUUUUGGAGACUGUGGUCAUCUUUGAAAUGAAGUAAAUGUUGCUGAUUAUGACCAGUAGAUGUCUCUGUAGCGCAGUCUAAUUUUUUAGGUACUUCAGACUUUUUAUACUGUAAACAAAUCAUUGUGUAGUCUUUUUAGUUGUGGUUCUUUUCCUGCUGAUUGCACUAAAUUGUGUGUUAUGUUUACCAAUGCUUUCCUCUGAAAUCAAAGAUAUUGAAUAUUGGCUUUCUGGGGCUGUCUGAUAUUUUUCUUAUACAAUAGGUACAAUUUUUUUUUAUUGAAAAAGAAAAAAACUUCAACGACUAAAGGGGCUGGAUCCCUGGUUUGGGGUAUUUUUUUUUUUUUAAGGGAUUUACAUUGUAGCACAAUGAAGGCGAAUACUUUAUAUCUAAUGAAAAUGCACUUGCAAAAUGUGCCUGUUUGAAAGGUCUGUUUGACAAAUAGGAAACAUUAUGCAAAGCUGGUGAUGCAGCCUAUCUCCAGGAUGUGCCAAUUAUCGCUUAUACACAUUUCUAUUGGAAACUCUUAUAUAUUUAUGCUUGUAUGUUUGAGAGAGUAUGUAAAAGUUUUGUAAAUAAUUGAAGACUUUCUGUCACGGAAUGUGAGUGUGUGCGUAUGCAACAGAAAUAAAUUAAUUUAAAGCAGCA